AAGAUUUGGUGGGAGUGUUGCAUUGACAUUGAUAAGCGUACGCUUCAGCCAAUAAGGAAAUUGCACAGCUACAUUUUCCGCAAAUCAGAGUACCCAUACGAUAGUUUGAGGGUGGGGACUGUGAUUAGGCAGCUCCUAACAACAAGGGUGUCACUGUUGCCAACCAGAGAGGCGGUGUGGUGAGCCAAUGGAUUGUGAGUGUGCCUGUGUGAGGGGGUGGAGCCUGUCUGGCCACGUGAGGCGUAAGGUGAAAGAUGGCCGCGCCGGCAGAGGAUGAGUUUGAAGAUGCUCCAGACGUGGAGCCUUUAGAGCCGACUCUGAGUAAUGUGAUUGAUCAGCGCUCCCUCAGGUGGAUCUUCGUGGGAGGAAAGGGAGGCGUGGGCAAGACGACCUGUAGUUGCAGCUUGGCAGUACAGCUUUCACAGGUACGGGAGAGUGUUCUCAUCAUCUCCACAGACCCUGCUCACAAUAUCUCUGAUGCCUUCGACCAGAAGUUCUCUAAGGUCCCAACAAAAGUCCGUGGCUAUGACAACCUUUUUGCUAUGGAAAUUGACCCCAGUCUGGGGGUGGCAGAGCUCCCUGAUGAAAUGUUCGAGGAGGACAACAUGCUGAGUAUGGGAAAGAAGAUGAUGCAGGAAGCAAUGAGUGCUUUCCCAGGAAUUGAUGAAGCCAUGAGUUAUGCUGAAGUGAUGAGGCUGGUGAAAGGGAUGAAUUUCUCUGUGGUGGUCUUUGACACGGCUCCCACUGGACACACGCUGCGUCUGCUCAACUUCCCCACCAUCGUAGAGCGAGGCCUGGGGCGGCUCAUGCAGAUUAAAAACCAGAUCAGCCCUUUUAUAUCACAGAUGUGCAACAUGCUCGGACUUGGUGAUAUGAAUGCGGAUCAGUUGGCUUCCAAGUUAGAGGAGACCCUUCCGGUUAUCCGGUCCGUCAGCGAGCAGUUCAAAGAUCCGGAGCAGACCACGUUCAUCUGCGUUUGUAUCGCUGAGUUCCUAUCGCUGUACGAGACAGAGCGUUUGAUCCAGGAGUUGGCCAAAUGCAGCAUAGACACUCACAAUAUCAUAGUGAAUCAGCUGGUAUUUCCUGAGCCAGAGAAACCGUGCAGAAUGUGUGAGGCCAGACACAAGAUCCAAUCGAAGUACCUGGACCAGAUGGAGGAUCUCUAUGAAGAUUUCCACAUUGCAAAGCUUCCUCUUCUUCCUCAUGAAGUUCGAGGGGCAGAAAACGUAAACACCUUCUCUAAGCUCCUUUUGGAACCCUACAAACCCCCCAGCGGGAAGUAAGCAUGGAGAGACCUUACAGAAACCUUACAGCUGUUUGAAGAGAAGAGUCGGACUGGCUAGAUUCCAUUACUCACAGAUGAGGGGGGCUCUCCCAACCAUAUAACUCCUAAUAACCCCAAUGCUUUGUCUAUUUAUUAUAACUGGAUUUAGGGGACCCAACAAUUCAAAUCCUCCUCUUUUGUUUUGUUUCUGUUGUCUCGGACAGUUUAAUGUUGAUUUUUUUCCUGGCAGUCUCUCUUUGUCUCUGUAUGCCCAGCAGUCUCUCUUUGUCUCUGUAUGCCUGGCAGUCUCUCUUUGUCUCUGUAUGCCCGGCAGUCUCUCUUUGUCUCUGUAUGCCCGGCAGUCUCUCUUUGUCUCUGUAUGCCUGGCAGUCUCUCUUUGUCUCUGUAUGCCUGGCGGUCUCUCUUUGUCUCUGUAUGCCUGGCGGUCUCUCUUUGUCUCUGUAUGCCUGGCGGUCUCUCUUUGUCUCUGUAUGCCUGGCCGUCUCUCUUUGUCUCUGUAUGCCUGGCGGUCUCUCUUUGUCUCUGUAUGCCUGGCGGUCUCUUGGGCUCUCCAGCCUUAGCUAAAAUAAUCUUUAAACUCCCAGUAUCACCAGCAGAGACUAGGAGGUAUUAGUUCAGCAGUAUUUGGAGUGUUAGAGACCAAUUCUUUCAACCUAGACCUUCCUCUGUUUGUGGCAAUCUUUGACUCUUGUGCGUCUUCUAACCCCCCCCACCACCAAUUUUUGUAUUGUUUAAACUCCCCUGUUAGUCGAGAGAAUGCCAACGUAUGUGUAAGUUCUGAGCAGGACUGCCCUGCAAACUAGGACUGAAAUGUAUUGUAGUUGCACAUUGUCCAUUCCACCUGCAGGACGCAGAGGGGAAGAGCAGUUCAUAAAUUAAACUGUUUCUAAAACA